GUUCAAGUGCGGACAGAGUCGCGAGAUAGGUUUAUACCCCAGGCUUGAGAUCGCGGAGUCAUUACGUGAGUUAUCAUGGCGGCGCGCGCUUGCCUCCUGCUCCUCUUUGCCGGCGCCUGCGCAGCCCGCGAGUGUAUCGAACUCACCCUAUCCGAAAGGAGUUUAACUGAUAGCCUUUUGAAUGGGACCAUAUUAAAAUUCGCCGCGAAAAACGAAAGCAAUGUUGACAGUGCAAGAACGAAUGUCCUGGAACUAUGGGAUAGGUUUCCACGGAUCAUGGUGCCGAUGAACGGGACCACAGAGCAGUGCCGAAGAGAAAGCAGAUUGUUCAGAGACAGCCUGGACAGGUUGGAGCUGUGGGCAUUGAAAAUGUUUGACGCCACAGCAAAACCACCAUCGGGCAUAUUGAGCGGCAACGGCAACCAAUACGGCGACUUUGACGAAUGUUUGGACAUCGAUGGGGCAGUGCGGGGCAAAUACUGCCUUGCUUCCCUGCAGGUCACUAUCAAGGGGGACGAGAAACUGGAACAUUUAGACACUUUGAUACACAGUGGACACUAUUUGAGAAGCAAUAUUACUGACAUGGGGCACCGUGUCCCGCGAUACUCCAGCAUCUUGUGGGGCGUCUGCAUGCCGAGCUCCUGCAGCAGCUAUGACUUGGAAGAGGAACUGUCUCAGAAAUUGUCUGGACUGAACAUCUCAGUGCGAGUAUACAAUACAAUGUGUACGGUCAAGAAUGUCAACAGACCUUAUUCAUUCGGAAAAACCUUAUCCAUAACAUUUUUCCUUGCGAUAAUCCUGUUAUUGAGCAUGGGUACGAUAUUAGACGACGGCAAGGAAGGCGCAACUAACUUCGAGAAGCUUCUCAACGCGUUUUCCCUAAAACGUAAUUUGAGGAAAGUGUUUGACUUGUCUGAGGCGGGCAGCCGGGUGAAAGGGGUGGAUGCCUUCCGAGGAAUGAAUGCAUUCGCGCUACUCAUAGCCCACAAGUCUAUGGCGAUGGCACACAGCCCUUUUGUAAACAAGACUCACUUUUCAGCGGUCUUUGGGAUGCCAUGGGCGGUGAUUGGUCGGUCUGCCAUUGUAUACACUGACAGCUUUCUUUACUUGAGCGGCUUUUUGAACGCACACAAUCUAUUUCAAGAGCUGGAGAGGAAAGGGACUAUCGAUAUGAAGGGCAGACUGCUCGCGAGGUGGUUCAGAUUAUUUCCAUUGUUCCUGAGCUUAAUGUUAUUCUGUACGUACAUUCUGCCUGAUGUUAACAACGGGCCCCAAUGGAACCUCGUCGUGGAAGAGCACAGCAGGGUCUGUGAAAAAAAUAUGUGGAAGAGCUUCCUCUUCAUACAUAAUUACUUCGGCUUUGAGGAAAUGUGCCUAACCCACACACACCAGAUCGGCAUGGACAUGCAACUGUACGUAGCCACGUUACCACUGAUGCUGGUCCUGUGGAGGUUCAGAAGGCUGGGCUGGGUGCUGCUCGUCGGCAUAGCUGCGGCCUCCACCGUGCUCCGGUACCUCGCCAUACACUGGUACGACAUCAGCAUGUUCGUCUACUACGGAAUAUCAGUGCAAAAACUGCUGGACGCUGCGAGAUACUCGUAUAUAUUGCCGACCCACCGCGCCACCAUAUAUCUUAUUGGAGUUGUGAUGGCAUACGUUAUGAGAUCGAAAAAGUUCCACUUCAACCUUACCGAUACUCAAGUGCGUCUUCUAUGGGCGGCAACAUUCGGCGUGGCGGCAUUCACGAUAGUAAGCCCAUACCGCAUGGGGCUGGAGGGCUACCAGUACGAGCACUUCCCUGCUGCUAUGUUCGCAGCGCUCUCGCCUAUACUUUGGGGACUAUUCAUGUGCUUGUCUCACUGGGCGAUAUGCAACGAUUACACAGGCGUGGGCACGGCGUUUGUGGAGUCUCGCACUUUCAAAUUUUUCAAUAAGAUCGCGUAUGCGGUUUACCUUACGCAGUUUCCGAUAUUCUUCUACAACGUUGGCGUACAGAGGCAUGCUGAGUUCUACACGCCAUUGUUACUUAUGCACGUACCAGAGAUGCUGGUCAUCUUAUUGAUGUCGAUACUCGCGACUGUCACAAUCGAAAUGCCCUUCAAUCAGGUUUAUAGGAUAUAUUUUGGUAAAUCACAGACGAAGUUAAAGGACAAGUGAGAAAAAUAUCAAAGACUAGACAUGUAUUAUUAGAAUAAGUUAAUCAUAUAAGUAAUUAGUUUUAUUAGUAUAUUUUGACAUUUUUAUACCAUAUCAGAAU